AUGGUUGCCACUCAGUUCAACAGUCGUGUCAAGCGCAUUCAAACCUAUAAUGGCACGAAAUUUCAGUCUACUAUUCUGCGUGAUUAUUAUGAACAACAUGGGAUUCACUUCCAGACUAGCUGUACUGACACACCCCAGCAAAAUGGGGUGGUAGAGAGGAAGCAUAGACACAUUCUCGAAACGGCACGCGCGUUAUGCAUUCAUGCUAGAUUGCCUCUUCAGUUUUGGGGCGAAUGUGUCUUAACAGCCACAUACUUGUUGAAUCGGCUUCCUACUACAGCCACUGGUCAAACACCCUUCGAAGUUCUUUUCUCUUCACCGACGAAGUAUCAUCAUCUUCGCGUCUUCGGUUGCCUAGUCUACGCCAAAGACACCCAUCAUCAUCUUCAUAAGUUCGCUGACAGGGGGCGCGCAUGUGUUUUCCUUGGCUAUCCGUCCGGGCAAAAAGGCUACCGCGUGUAUGAUCUGGUUACCAAGAAAGUCUUCGUCUCCCGCGACGUUCACUUUGUUGAAGAUCAAUUCCCCUUUCGUGACUCUCUGGGAAAUCCUCUCCAUUGGGUACCGCCUGGUAACUUUCAGUUUCCAGCCGUUGAGGAUGAUGGCACUCCACUUGCUACGCCUCCUACUAGCUCCGAGGUGGUCACUCCUGUCGAGACCAUUUCUCCCUCGUCCACUACUGGCUCUGGGAUGCCUUCUAGUAAGUCCCCUUCACCGCGGAACACUCACUCGCCUGUAGCAAGUCUCGAGCUAUCACAUGGUCCCUCCUCUUCCUCACGGCAGGAUUCGCCUUCGUCACUUCCACAGGACUCGCCUUCAGCUCCUGAUGCGGUUGAGCAUCCCUCAAUUCCUCAAACCGCUGUGGAAGCCUUGCGUCGUAGUGAUCGGGUUCGAGCUCGCCCCAAGCAUCUUGAAGCCUACGACACCACAGUUCAUACUGUUCAGUACCCUCUUUCGGCUCAUGUGUCUUAUUCACGUCUAACCCCUUCUUAUCGAUCUUUCUUGGCCGCGGUUACAAGUCAUGAUGAACCCCGUAGCUUCAGUGAAGCAGUGCGUCAUCCUCAAUUACGCGAAGCAAUGAUUAAGGAAAUCGCCGCUCUCGUGGCCAAUGGCACUUGGAGCCUCAUUCAAGCCCCGGCGGGUAAGCGUAUCAUUGACUGUAAAUGGGUGUUCAAGAUCAAAUAUCGUCCUGAUGGAUCCAUCGAACGGUAUAAGGCACGUCUAGUUGCCAAGGGUUAUACGCAGGUUGAGGGGAUAGACUACCACGACACGUUCGCACCGGUUGCUAAACUUGUCACUGUUCGGUGCUUGCUUGCUGUCGCCGCACAUCAUGGCUGGUUUGUUCAUUAG